AUGAUCAACAGUACCAAGCCCGCAGGUGAAAUCAGUAAGGGAAAACGUAAAGCAAACCCAGGAACCAGGAGCGUAUCUACCCUUACGCCUUCGCAACUAGCUCGGAAGCGCGCCAACGACAGAGAAGCCCAGAGGGCGAUUCGCGCUAGGACAAAGGAGCACAUCGAAAGUCUCGAGAAAGAGAUAGAAGAGCUUCGUAGUUUUCAGAACCGGGACCAGACUAUUCAGACACUCCUCCGCAGGAAUAAGGCCUUAGAGGAGGAACUUACCCAAAUUAGGGAGAGUAUGGGUAUUCAUAAUGCAGGCGAUCAAUAUCACUCUGUAUUAAAUAGCUCUAGCCCCCCCGGGCCACACUUGCUUGCGCAAUCCGCACCGCAGUUCUCCAUGAUACAGAACGUCGCUUCUUAUGAAAGCAUGUCUGAUGCUACAGAUGCUUGGCCGACGAGGAUACCGUGCUCCAUCUCAUCAGCUUCUAGCCCCCCCUCAUCUGCAGAGACGGAUGACUUCGGGAAUAAUUACAUUCCCAGCGGUGCUUCCACAGUUUACGAGCGGCCCAGCCUAUCGCCAAACACGUGUUCUCCCACGGGUUCUGGGACUAGCGCAGAAAAUGUCUUUGAUGAUACGAAGUCAGGUAUGUACUCGAUGAUAUUCCUGUUCAUAUUUAACCCCGGUCUAAUGGAAUGGUUCUAA